AUGCGCAAACACAAGAAAAAUAACAAAACAUCUUUAGAUAGUUUUGUGAUAAAACCCCUCUCAGCAAUCAAAAGAAGUUUCAGAUCAAAGUUUGAAUUUAAUCCCACAGAAUUCUUAACCGGUGAUCGUAAUGAUAGUAACAGAGAAUAUUUAAAUUCUGAUAAUAUUUCAAUCCUUUUAUCUCCACCAUCUCUAAUAUUACAUGAUUCAUAUUUAUUUAAUAAGAAUGAUAACCCUAGUUGUUUAGAAGAUUCAUUUACGAUUAACGAAGAAGUCAGUUUAGAAGAAGGAAGAGAAAAAAGAAAUGAUAAAAGUAGGUAG